AUGGUUUAUCCUGGCCAGCUGCACUAUUCUGACUUUAAUGCGCCAGUCCUGAAAAGGCCGAUUGACGACCCAGGACGGAAGCUUCGAGUUGUAUGUGUUGGCGCCGGGAUUUCGGGCAUAACCACCAUCAUCAGGUUCAACCAACACCUCGGCGAGCAUGUAGACGUGCAGGUCUACGAGAAGAAUGCCGAGGUGGGAGGCGUAUGGCUCGAAAACACAUAUCCCGGAGUUGCGUGCGACAUCCCGGCUCCGUGCUUCGCGUUCCUCUUCGAGGACAACCCGGACUGGUCGAGUUACUACGCAGGCGGCAAAGAGAUCAACGACUACAUACGGAGUGUUGCGACCAAGUACCAAGUGCGGCGCUUCAUCAAGUUUCGCCAUCUCGUCACGCACGCCGAAUGGGCUGAGGACGAAGGGAAAUGGCAUCUAAGAAUCUACGACCAGGCCAAUGACCGGGUUAUUGAGGAUGAAGCGGACGUCGUGAUCAUGGCGGUUGGAAUGCUAAACAACUGGGCAUUCCCCGACGUCCCGGGAAUCCAUUCAUUCAAGGGUCCUAACAUGCACACUGCAAACUUCGACGACAACUUCGAUGCCACGGGCAAAGUGGUGGCAGUGGUCGGGGGAGGGUCAACGGGGGUCCAAGUCUUGCCGCACAUUCAAAAGUCGGCAAAGACGGUGCACCACUACAUGAGAUCACAGAACUGGAUUGCGCCGGUCGGAUUCGGGGCGGCAGAGCUAGAGAAGCGAGGAUCUCUAGCAGAAGGCAAUUUUUGCUACCCAGAAGAUGAACGUAAACAGUGGGCAAAUGAUCCGGAGUCAUACCACGCAUACCGAAGAGGCAUUGAGGAGGGUAUCAUGGCCUACAUGGCCGAGGAAGGGUUCAAGUACGGGUCGGAAGAGCAAAAGACCAUGGAAGCAGACUUCAGGGCCCACAUGCAGAAGAUGCUCGGCUCGAGGCCGGAUAUUCUAAAGACGCUGCUCCCGGAUUUCCCGCCGGGGUGCCGCCGGUUGGUGCCGGGCCCAGGGUACCUCGAAGCGCUAGUCCAAGACAACGUGGAAUGGAUCCCCAAGGAAAUCCAAUGCGUGACAGGAGAGGGAAUCAUUACGACCGAUGGCAUAAUGCACAAGUGUGAUGCGAUAAUAUGGGCCACUGGCUUCAUCUGUGAUUUCAGAAGCAGGUUCCCGGUGAUCGGACGAGGCGGCAUAACCUGGAACCAGGUCAUGGACCCGGAACCCGAAUCGUAUCUGGGCUGUAUAGUGGACAAGAUGCCGAAUUGUUUCUUAUACUUCGGCCCGAACUGUGCCCCCGGAGCCGGCAAUGCUUAUCUCUGCUCCGAGUCGGAGUGUGAGAUGAUGAUCUCGUGCGUUGAGAAGAUGCUCCGCGAGAAAAUUAAGUCGAUCUGCGUCAAACAGGAGAGGGUGAAGCAAUACACCGCACAUGUUAACCAGUAUCUGAAGGGAACAAUCUUUGGGCAACCAUGCAAAUCCUGGUUCAAACGAGGCAAGCCCACCGGUCGAAAUAUAGCAUAUUAUCCCGGCAACGCGUUGAAUCAGCUCUACGCGCUCCAGCAUCCACGAUGGGAAGAUUUCGACUACACAUACCUGGACGAAUUGGGCGAUAACCCGAUGGCCUGGCUCGGUAAUGGGUACACGGUUGCAGAUUACAAUGGCAGCAGCAGGACAGCAUACUUGGACCCCGCGAUGAUUGACUAUCCCCCAGUGCCGGAGCCAGAACAAGAUACGGAUACGGUCGUAGUCCCACAGGUCAACGGGGAGCUGAGCAAAGGGGAUGUGGUAAUCGUGGAUCGUGAGGUGCCAGAAGCUACCGUCUGA